AUGAGACACCAAAGCAAAGCAACAAAGCAUAGAAGAGACUCAGUCACUCUAUACUGUUUCAAACCUUUUCUUCUUUUUCUUCAUUAUCCUUUAUCUUUGUCUUUCACUGUUUACUAAGUUAGUUACCUUUUUAUUCCAACUAACAAAUGGACUCACGCAAUGGUGAGAUAAAGCUUUCAAAGUUCAAAAGAAUUUGUGUUUUCUGUGGAAGUAGUCCUGGUAAAAAAACUACCUACCAAGAUGCUGCCAUGAACCUUGGCAAUGAAUUGGUUUCAAGGAACAUUGAUCUUGUGUAUGGAGGAGGAAGCAUUGGUCUCAUGGGUUUAGUUUCUCAAGCUGUUCAUGAUGGUGGUCGCCAUGUCAUUGGAGUUAUUCCCAAGACACUCAUGCCUCGAGAGCUAACUGGUGAAACAGUAGGAGAAGUUAAGGCUGUUGCUGAUAUGCAUCAAAGGAAAGCUGAGAUGGCCAAACAUUCAGAUGCUUUUAUUGCCUUACCAGGGGGAUAUGGAACUCUGGAGGAACUUCUUGAAGUCAUAACAUGGGCUCAACUUGGAAUUCAUGACAAGCCGGUUGGAUUAGUAAAUGUUGAUGGAUACUUUAACUCCUUGUUGUCAUUCAUUGACAAAGCUGUGGAAGAAGGGUUUAUUAGUCCAAAUGCUCGUCACAUAAUUGUAUCAGCACCAACUGCAAAAGAGUUGGUCAAGAAAUUGGAGGAGUAUGUUCCAUGUCAUGAGGGUGUUGCUUCCAAGUUGAGCUGGCAGAUGGAACAGCAGCUAGCAUACCCUCAAGAUUAUGACAUCUCAAGGUAGCUGUUAGCUAUGUUUACUUCACUUGCACGGAAUACGAGACCAUAUGAUAUAGUAGAAUUUUGGAGGUGGAAGAAGAAGCUAUUUUCAACUAUCAGUGUUCUGCUUUUUUAUUUAAUCCUUUAAUUUCUUAUGUAAAUUACUGUGAUUGACCUGAACUUAUGAAAGUUAAAUUACUUAUUAGUACCUUGUUAUAAACUUUGAUUUUAUUAAAGUUGUAACUUGUAAGUAAGCACUCUCUUAACCUAUUAUUCAAUGUUGAUUAGUAGUUUUUAUAUUUAACUGGCCUUAAGAGUCAUCUCA